CAAACACACUCUCUCUCUCUCUCUCUCUCUCUCUCUCUCUCUCUCUCUCUCUCUCUACAUCUCUCCCCUGUUUUGACACUCUGUUUCACCUCUAUUCAAACCCAUAUUUUCUCCCUAAAAAGAGACACAAAAAAAAAAAAUCAAACACCAUGUGUGAAACAAAUCAAGAACAAACCAACAUGAUUUUCACCAACCCUUUAAUCCCAAAACCAAAAAAAAACCAAACUUUUCAUCACCAUCUCUCUCAUACCUUCAAAGAAAUGACAUCCAUUUCAAAGAUAGCUUUUCCAAUGAUCCUAACUUGUGUUCUCUUAUAUUUUAGAUCCAUGAUUUCAAUGUUUUUUCUUGGUCAUCUCAAUGAACUUGCUCUUGCUGGUGGUUCCCUUGCUGUUGGUUUUGCCAACAUCACUGGUUACUCCAUUCUUUCUGGUCUUGCUGUUGGUAUGGAACCAAUUUGUGGUCAAGCUUUUGGUGCUAAAAAGUUUACACUUCUUGGUCUUUGUCUUCAAAGAACCAUUCUUUUACUCCUUUUGGUUUCAAUACCAAUAUCAAUUUCAUGGCUUUACAUGAAAAAACUUCUUUUGUUUUUUAACCAAGAUGAAGAAAUAGCAACAAUGGCUCAAAUAUAUUUACUUUAUUCAAUUCCUGAUCUUGUUGCACAAUCCUUCAUUCACCCUUUGAGAAUUUACCUUAGGACUCAAUCCAUUACUCUUCCUCUUACCCUUUGUGCAACUUUCUCAAUUAUUCUUCACAUACCCAUUAAUUAUUUUCUUGUUUUUUAUCUUGAUUUGGGUAUAAAGGGUGUUGCUUUAAGUGGGGUAUGGACAAAUUUCAACCUUCUUGGUUCUUUGAUUUUAUACAUUUAUUUUUCCGGCACACACGAAAAAACGUGGGCCGGGUUUUCUUUAGAAUGUUUCAAAGAAUGGAAGACACUUCUUAACCUCGCCAUUCCAAGCUGCGUUUCUGUUUGCUUGGAAUGGUGGUGGUAUGAAUUUAUGAUAAUCUUUUGUGGAUACUUAAGUAAUCCAAAAACAAGUGUUGCAUCAAUGGGGGUGUUGAUCCAAAUUACUUCAUUGAUGUACAUUUUACCUUAUUCACUAAGCAAUAGUGUUUCAACAAGAGUUGGUAAUAUGAUAGGUGCACAAAAGCCAUCAAAAGCUAAACUUUCUGCAAUUUCAGGACUUUCUUUCAGUUUCAUUUGUGGGGUAUUGGCAUUUAUUUUCACUCUUUGUGUAAGAAACAUGUGGGCUAGUAUAUUUACAAAAGACCAAAGAAUCAUUGAUUUAACAUCAAUGGUUUUGCCAAUUAUAGGUUUAUGUGAAUUAGGUAAUUGUCCUCAAACAACAGGUUGUGGUGUUCUUAGAGGAACAGCAAGGCCUAAAGUUGGUGCUAAUAUCAACUUAGGUUGUUUUUAUCUCAUUGGAAUGCCGGUUUCGAUUUGGUUAGCUUUUUAUGGUGGUUAUGAUUUUAAAGGUCUUUGGCUUGGUUUACUUGCUGCUCAGGCAUCAUGUGCUGUUACUAUGUUGAUUGUUCUUUAUAAAACUGAUUGGAAAUUUGAAGCUUUAAGAGCAAGGAAACUUACUGGUGAGAAUGAGAACAAUCAAAUUGAUGAAGAGAAGUCACUUGUUUAUGUAAACAAUGAAGAUUGUUUGUCAUUUUUUGAUGAUGUUUCUGAUGAAGAAGAAGAUGAUGAUAAUGAUGAUGAUGAUGAUGAUGAAGGGUGUUUAUGUUUGGUUUAAUAAAUCUCUUUUGUAAAGAGAAAAAAUAGAUAGUAAUAAUAAUACCAUUUAUGAAAUUUGUCUUUAACUGUAUAUAGAGUAGUAGCAGGUAGAGACAUAUUAUGACUUUUAUAUAAAUAUGAGAUUAAUUUUCGUA